AUGGGUAUUCUUCAUGCCAAGUGCAUGAUGGAUACGAUGAAGGCCUAUCGUGACUCGUUGAAGAUAAAGAAGGAGGUGGUCGAAAGCAGUGUGCGGUGA